CUGAUAUUUCUUUCGGUGUUCAAUGUUUUGCUGGCCAUUUGUUCAUCUCUGGGGAAUAUUCUGAUCCUGAUUGCCCUUCACAAAGCGACUACUCUUCACGCGCCAUCAAAACUGUUUCUCAGAUCCCUGGCUACAACUGAUCUCCUUGUUGGUGUCAUUUCUGAGCCUCUAACCGUCACGUACUGGAUUUCAGCGGUGAGAAAACGAUGGGAUGAAUGUUAUAAUAUAUUUCUCACCAGUUUCAUUGUGGGGUAUCUCCUCUGUGGCAUAUCUUUGUUGACAAUGACUGCAAUAAGCGUGGACAGACUUCUUGCUUUGUCAUUAAGGGUAAGAUAUAAACAAAUUGUGACGCUGAACAGGGCACGAGCAAUCGUUCUUGUAUUCUGGAUUUUUUGUGCUGUAUGCUCCGUGAUGCAUGCGCAUGAUUCUCGUAUCACAACAUGGUACACCCACAUAACAAUACCUGUUUGUUUUGUAACCUCAAUUUUGUCUUACACGACGAUUUUUUGGAAACUCCACCGCCAUGAAAUUCAGGUACGUGGCAACAUUAUCCAACCUGAGCAGUCAAACAACUCAAGUUCAGGGCCACUGAAUAUUUCUCGAUAUAGGAAGGGAGUGUUCAGCGUAAUGUGCCUACAGUUAGCAGUUGCUGUUUGUUAUCUUCCACAUGGUAUAACUACAGCUUUGUGGACCUAUAGUGGACGGUCAUCGUCUGUUACUGUGCUCAGACAAUUUACAGUAACUCUAGUUUACGUAAAUUCAGCACUAAACCCGUUGCUUUACUGCUGGAAGAUCAGAGAAGUGAGACAAUCGGUUAAAGAAAUAAUCAGAGAAACACUUUUCUGUUUAUAAAUUACAAGGCUGGGGCCUGGAAGAGCUUGUAGUUAGAUUAUAGAAUUGAUGAUGGCUUAAGCUUUUCUGAGAGCUAGGCGCACUUUCGGUAAAAGAAAUUCUUCCUUUUGUAAAAUUUCCAGUUAUUUCGAUGCCUUCUUAUCACGAUUGGAAAAGCCGCUAUUCGGAGAUAACAGUCUGAAACAAUAUUAAUUUCCGGCAUCAAUUUGACUUGCGCAAGCAGUGACUGUCAAAAUGAACAGAUGCCGUAUAAAAAAAAUAGACGAUUAUAAUUUCGAUUUAACAAAUAGAGAAGCCUUGGCUGUGCUCUGUUCUGUUAUAAAGCACUUAUGAAGCGGCUAGAGCACUCAAGAAGUGGGAAGAAACACUCGACUACGUCUCGUGUUUCUCCCUACACUUCAUAAGUGUUUUAUUUAACAAAUAGAGAAGCCUUGACUGUGCUCUGUUCUGUUAUGAAGCACGCAGGAAGCGGCUAGAGCACGAAAGAAGUGUAGGGAGAAACACGAGACGUAGUCGAGUGUUUCUUCCCACUUCUUGAGUGCUCUAGCCGCUUCCUAAGUGCUUUAUAACAGAACAGAGCACAGUCAAGGCUUCUCUAUUUGUUUUAUAAUAAAGAAUCCGUCAAAUUCCCCAUGUAGUACUUUCAAUUUUCAAAACAAACUUUAUUUCCAAAGCGAACAACAAUGUCGUCAGCAUGCUCUAUACUCUCAUAGAGCACGCUACAAUAAGCCAAUCAGAAUCCCUGUUAGAAUGGUUCAAAUAAUCUGAUUGGCUCUACAAGACAAAAGCUGUCAAAAGUGUCAAACCAUCAAAGUUCAAAAACCAUCAAAGUUCACAAUCUGCGAUAGUUUACAAACUAAAAUAGUUCGGCAGGUCGAUUUUAACGCUUUUGCCUGAAGUUUUUAAUACAGAAUCUUCAAGUGAAAUGUUCAGUGAACUUCAGCCGAAUUAUGGCUCAUAAAAAACACGCGAGUUUUUUCACAUGACAAGGUAGAAAACAAACUGUUCAAGGCGAGUGUUUUUUAAAUGAACGACAGCCGAAUUCACCGGAACAUGAAGAUCACUCGGGAUGACAGCGCCGCAAAACUCGACUGCAGUGACUGAAGUGACUUUCUACUCAACUUAUCAGAAAGGAUAUCAGAGCGAGCUCUUAUUUUCUCACUCGAAGGCCGGCCGAUGUAGUUUCUGAGGCUUGCUUUACUGUAAUGACCGGAGAUCGCCAUGCUAAGCGAGCCGCGAUGGACUUCAGCAUGAUCAUAUUUGCUCAGACACCGUCAUGAUUAGUAUGAAUUUUAACAGUUAUGUCAGUUUGAUUAUAUUUUUCAUAAUUUCUGUUUUGUUCUGUUUUUUUUUUUAACUCUGAACUUUAUAUACUAUACGAGUGUUAGCUGUGUUUGAUUUUUAUUACCGUUCGUAAGCUUGCAAUCUAACUGAACGUGAAAAUCUUUAAAACUCGGAAUGUCUAUUUUGUUUUUCCUUUGAGGAUUUUCGUAUCUGCUCACGUUUUAAUAAUGUAAAUUACGGCGCCUGAUAUAUUUACAAACCUUUGUUUGGUUCUUCUGUUGCUACUUGCCGGCUCGCUUGUUCCGAAAUUUCACUUUCAAUUAUCGGAAAAAAGCUAAAAAGAAGUCCCGGAAAAGGUCGAACAUAGUACAAUUUGACAGAUGGCGUGACAGCUCUAACUCAGAUCUAUGCUCUAUACUCUCAUAGAGCACGCUCUUUCAACCAAUGACAGCGCGCGUUAUAUCCGAACUUUAUUAUAAAACAGAACAGAGCACAGUCAAGGCUUCUCUAUUUGUUUUUAUAAUAAAGGAUCCGUUAAAUUCCUCAAGCAUUACUUUCAAUUUUCAAAACAAACUUUAUUUCCAAAGCGAACAACAGUGUCGUCAGCAUGCUCUAUACUCUCAUAAAGCACGCUACAAUAAGCCAAUCAAACACACACUAAGGUAUCAAGGACCAUAUAUCUGGUCCAAAUUAGAAAAUGGUAUGCGUGAACUACCAAGCCUUAGUAUCUUUAAAACUAGAAUCCGUAGAGUUGACCUGGUCAGCCUAGUGGAAGACAGUGGCAACUGCUGCAAUCUUUGCAGCACGUGAUUUUUUUUAAUUAUCUGCAUGGUACAAGUAUUUUUAUGUUAUCUGAACAUUGUUAAUAUUUCUAAAUAUUUUUAAAUUUUAAUGCAUAGUUUAUCGGCUAUAUUGUUACUUAUUAUGAUACUGUACAUAGUUUUUUAUUAAUUUAGUAAUAGUGGGUGUCCCCAAUUAGCUCUAUGAGCUAAAUACAUUGACACGGUAAUAAAGAUUUUAUCAUUAUUAUUAUUAUUAUUAUCCCUGUUAGAAUGGUUGAAAUAAUCUGAUUGGCUGUACAAGACUAAAGCUGUCAAAAGUGUCAAACCAUCAAAGUUCAAAAACCAUCAAAGUUCACAUUCUACGAUAGUUUACAAACUAAAAUAGUUCGGCAAGUCGAAUUUAACUCUUUUGCCUGAAGUUUUUAAGUCUCUAAUACAGAAUCUUGAACUGAAAUGUUCAGUGAACUUCAGCCGAAUUAUGGCUCAUAAAAACACGCGAGUUUUUUCACAUGACAAGGUAGAAAACAAACUGUUCAAGGCGAGUGUAUUUUGAAUGAAUGACAGCCGAAUUCACCGGAACAUGAAGAUCGCUCGUGAUGACAGCGCCGCAAAACUCGGCUGCAGUGACUGAUGUGACUUUCCACUCAACGUAUCGGAAAGGAUAUCAGAGCAAGCUCUUAUUUUUUCACUUGAAGGGCGGCCGAUGUAGUUUCUGAGGCUUGCUUUACCGUGAUGACCGGAGAUCGCCAUGAUGAGCGAGCCGCGAUGAACUUCAGCAUGAUCAUAUUCGCUCAGACACCGUCAUGAUUAGUAUGAAUUUUAACAAUUAUGCCAGCUUGGUUAUAUUUUUCAUCAUUUCUGUUUUGUUCUGUUUUGUUUUUGAACACUGAACUUUAUAUACUAUACGAGUGUUAGCUGUGUUUGAUUUUUAUUACCGUACGUAAGCUUGCAAUCUAACUGAGCGUGAAAAUAUUUAAAACUCGGAAUGUUUAUUUUGUUUUUCCUUUUGGAUUUUCGUAUCUGUUCACGUUUUAAUAACGUAAAUUACGGCGCCUGGUAUGUUUACAAACCUUUGUUUGAUUCCUCUGUUGCUACUUACCGGCUCGCUUUAGUUCCGAAAUUUCAAUUUCAAUUAUCGGAAAAAAGCUAAAAAGAAGUCCCGGAAAAGCUCGAACAUAGUUCAAUUGGCAGAUGGCGUGACAGCUUUAGCUCAGCUUCUUUAUGCUCUAUACUCUCAUAGAGCACGCUCUUUCAACCAAUGACAGCGCGCGUUAUAUCCGAACUUUAUUAUAAAUACUAAUAUAGCAUAAUAAAGACUAAUAGUUAAUUUUUUUUUGUUUGAGCAAUUACUCUCGUUUAAUUUUAUUGGUUCAUUUUAAUAAUCAUAUAACCUUGACCUGGAUCUAACUCUACGCCGAUGCAAUCUCGAGAUCCAGCGACACGUCCGACGUACUUGAUUGUUCCUCGUUUGAUAUAAUUGUUCCUACCAAAAAUAUACAGUUUAAUUUAACUUCCGCACUGGUCAAGAGGAAUUUUUUAAACUCUAAAAAAUGAAAAGAUAUUUGACAGUCCGUUGCAAUUCAUUUUACAACAUGAUAUGGAAAUACAGUAUAAACGUACGACCUCCCCGCCAAACCUGCAAUUUAAUAUAGACUGAAAGCUGUUUCAUACCUCAUCUUGACAUCCUAGGUUCUUGUAUUCACAACAAAUUACUGUUAAAGGACAGUCAUCACGGAUAUGAGCCAAGAGCUAAAACAAAAAGAUGAGAAAGAUUUGGUCUUGAGUGAGCAGCCAUAGAAAUCCUACCUCGUACAAAGCGAAAACAAAUCAUUCGGCGUCUCAAAAUUACUCCUUAGACUUCGUAAUUUAUGAAUCACGAAACUGAAUUCAGAGGCAAAAUUAAAAAAUGUUUCCAGGCAUUUCCCCUGCAAAGUUAAACGGUGCAAACUUCCCUGAAGGGAUGGUUACGGUGUUAGGGAUUGUUUCCCUGUCAUGGAGCUACCUAGAUUAAAUUCUGGCAGGCAUGGCAGAAAAUAACGACCUUAAUGUCCUCUGACUGAGGCCAGGAAAAUAUUCAAAACAGUAAUAUACGUUCUUUGAACACUUGAGCACGGAACGCCUUCAAUUGCUCACAUAAAACAGGACUAAGCCUGUGGUGUUUCAUAUAAAGCAACAUUAUGUCCCAUGCGGGCUGUGUGCAUGAACUUUCAAUUAAACUCUCCUUAGAAUUACUGAGAAUCACUGAGAAUAUUAAAAGUUACCUUUUCUCGUGGAAUAUUACUCAGACCACAAUUGUUGGUACAUUGAACCGGAAACUUUUGACAGACGUUCUGAUGUUGCUGAAGAAAAUCGAAAAGAAGUUUUUAUAGCUGAAGUACUUUCACAAUUCGUCCCGUAUUAUUCAAAUUGACCAAUAAAGACAGGCUAUUUUAUUAACAAGAUUUAUGGAGUAAAAUACUCACAUUUUUAUCAGUAAGGAAUCAAAGUUUUAGAACCCAACGUUUAAGCCCAACCUUUGUAAGAUUUUCCCGUAUAACAAUUUUAUAUCAAAUGAGAGAAGAUACCUAGAGCUCAACAAAAUCUCGACUUUAUAAAGGAUGCUGCCCAUAUAAAAGCUUUGUAUAGAAUUAAUCUAUUUUUAACAAACCUGUUUGUUUUUCACGAUAAAUGUUCCUGGACAAUAUUCACAACUAACUUUCCUCCAGACACAUUCCGUCAUCUUGUGAUUGUUCAUAUCUCGCCUGGUGAGCUUCUCUUUACAUCCUUCAUUUGGACACCCCACCACCUUGAAUUGGCAUUCUGACUGAUGUGUCUUAAAUCAUAAAUUAUCGAUAAUAAACCGCAAUGUGAUAAUGAUCCAAUCUGCUAAGAUAUACAACAGGCUAAAGAAAUGAGAGAUUUGAUUGACAGAAAAACCAUCGGUUAACUGACGGUUUAGGAUUUAAGAAAAGAAAUGUGAAUUUUACGAGUGACUUGUUGAUAAUAAUGAUAUCACUAACAUUGGUGAUAAAUAUUAAGUAAAAGUCUAAUUUAAAAGGCACCUAUAAAAGAUUAUCAGACAGGAAGAAAUUCUGUCAUGUAGCACGAAAACUGCUGACCAUGACACCGCAGAUUACAAAUAAUAAAACAACACCACUCUCAAGUUUGGACCGUUACUGGUGUACAAGAAACUGUUGAGUUGAGCCCUACAAGUUACCCCUAUCUGCUUCAUAUAACAUGUUAUCUUGUUGCCUCGAUGGUUAAGAGUAGCAGAAAUAAGUUUUUGGGAUUAACUGCAAAUGAAGUGAUGGAGAACGCCCUUACAAUGGAUAUGACGUAGAUACAUUACCUGUACAGCUCGAAGUUCUCCGGUCCAAGGACACCCAUUGUAAGAACAUUUCACCUUGAGAUCCAGAAUUUUGCGAUGACAAGCGACAUCUGAAAAUAUCUGACAACCCAGACACGGACAUUAGUCAUAUUGAUGGUCAAUAGAUUCCAAUCAGGAAUCAGGUUACACGGAUUUCAAGAUAAUUAUGCUCAAUUACGAUCUUUACACACUUCAACGACAGUAUGGAGGACUUGAAAUACGACAGAAAGAGAAUGAGAUCUUGAGCGAGAAAAAAGAAAUGCCGUCAGUUUUUGCUUGUAGCACAAAAAGGACGCGCAGUAUUUAAAUGGCUGACUGUAUUAAAAUAAAAGGUAGUCAUCGGUGAUCGCCGAAUUCUCAAGCCUUUAUGCAAAAUUCUCAGGCAUGGACAAAUACUAUAUGCCAUAUUCCAUAGGUUCAAAUAGCCAUGGCUAUUCAAACCGAUGGCAUAUGUUUUGUACUCUACUUGUAAUAAAGACAAUUCUCCUUUUCCGGCAUUUCUCUCAGUGAACCGUGAUCAAUCACAGACAAUAGUGACUAGAAGAUAGUUAAGCGAUGGAUCGCACUUGCUAUCGACUUACCGGCGUAAUAACCCCCCAGGAUGUUGGGAGAACCCGAGAAACGUUUGUCUCCGCUAGCUCGUGAUUUACAAACUUUUCUGGUGUUCCUUCAACAUCCCGAGUAAGUUGUUAAGCUGGUAAACCAAUAGAAAAUGCAAAAUAUUGCUUCAAAAUAAACUUUUAUUUUCAGUGGGUUUGCCCUCGAAGAAUCUCGCUUAUUUUAUAAAGACACAAAAAUAUACAUGAAAAUGAACGUCGAAGAGUGAGGAUCCUAUGUAAAUUAAAAUAAAUUUCUGCGUUUGUGACAAACGAAGGAGCAACGAUGUUUUCUACCCUUGUGCCUGUUUUGUUUUGACUUCAUUUUGCAAUAGGGGCCACCCAUUUGAAGGAGACUGCGUUUCGAGUUGUGCGUUAAAAUGCCUACCGAUCUGUUCACUGAGAGCAGAACAUGGAAUCGCUAAUUUGCGUGACCCAAAAGUAUGAAGUUAUGCGUUAUAAUUACCUUGUCACGUGAAAAAGGCUGUCUGUCAACUGGACAUUUUGGAGAUUGGCUUCAGAAAGGAAAUUUGCAACAACAGAUAGACAAAAAAUCAGAAAACAAACAAGGUUUUAAAAAAAUCGUUCAUCGUGUGUAUUAUUUACUAUUAUUUACUAUGAAGCGUUUUGCAUCGCUGAGCCAUAUCCUGUUGCGUGAGGAACCAUAAUGGUGGACUUGUUGCAUAUAAUUAACAUUUGCAUUUAAAAGAAAAAUUAAAAUCAGUUUAAGUCGAUUCAUGUUUAACAAAGUAAACGAGAAAGAUUAUGUCAUUUGAUGACCCUGUUGGAUGCGCUUGCAGUGAUGCCAUCGAAGACACCUAAAAGGCAGCCAACAUUUGAUGAAUUGAUAGACCUUUUUACAGUUCCCGGCGUCAUAUUGGAUUAGUAACCGCGCACACACGAUAACGAGGCUGGGGUUGACCCGGCGGUUCUUUCAAACAGCUGAUCUGUUGACAUCUCACGAUCUAAUGCACUUUUCAAUGCGAUUUCUCCCUUCAAAAUAGUUCUUUAACACAACAAUAUGAAAAUUUCGUCAUUAGAUGACAUCCAGAAACUCGAAGCAAAAGAUCUCAGGGAGAUUUUAAAAUAGAAUUUAAAAUCGACGGGUUGAAUUAGAGCCCACUUAGUGCUUUGCUGAUGUGACACGUCCUUCCAUCGAGUAAUGGAGAAAACCUAGAACUUCUUACAGAUGUCCAGGACCUAGAACAAAACCAGAGCGACUUCAAGUACGAAGUAACUAUGGAAAGGAUUUCAGCCCUUGGAUGGGCGAGCAAUCUCCGUAAUUUACCUGAGAUGAAUUUCAGUCAGCUUUACGAUUACCCCGUGUUGAAAGGAACACAUUACAGGAAGUACCACAGAAGCUGUUCAGUAUGGCUUAGAAAGCGAGGCAAAGGCUGCCGCCUUCUAGGUAGAGGAUAUUUGUUAUUGCUGCUGUUGUUGAUAUGGUACUUGUUGUUGUACCAUAUUCUUCAGUUAAAGUUGUUCCCACUUUGUUCACCAAGAUGUCUUUUAGUUUGCCAUUUGUACAUUUUAUCUUAUGAGAAAGUAUACAAUAGAGCCUGUAGAACCACUUGAUUAUAACCCUUGUUUCUAUCAACCCAUGAGGAAAACUGUAACUAACAGAUGUCAUAAUAUUUUCAUACCCAUCUGGCCCAGGACAACUUAUGCUCGUGAUACAUUGAAAACCAUUUCAGUUCAUGACUCAUGGUGAUUUAUUAGGUGGCAAGACACCAUUGAAAGAAUCAGACCAAAAUAUUAGACAAUUUAAAAACUCAUAGAAGUGACUGAUUCAUGUAACUUCUCCAAACACUAUCCAGCAAACAGAUAAUGUUAAUACUGAAACUUAUCAGGCAAAAGUUAUCUUGAUCUUACAUCAAAUUCUCAUAACUUAUUUACAAGUAAAUGUGUAGCAACUAGAAGGGAGAAUUGACAAUCAGAUCUUGGGUAUUUAAGGGUUAAAGGAAAAGAACAGAAAUGCUUCCUCUCAGCUACUGAUCUCAACAAUGCUAGACCUUUACACACAUUUAACUUUCUGUCAGUGAUAAACAUUCAGUGAAUUGAUAUUCCCACUCAUAGCACUCAGAGGCCUUCUGACACAAAGGUUUGCUAUACUGGUUCUUGCUGCAUUGUGUUAACUAAUGUUAUGAUAUAAUUUUGAGAUGUAAAGAAGAUACUUAAAAGAUUGAGAAAUAUAUCUAAAUCAAGAUAUUUAUUUUAUCCUGUUAUAGUUACCAUAAGAUUUGUUCCAAAGAGAAUCAAAAAAUCACAAUUUCCUAGCCGUUCCACGCAGUUUUUACUUUGAACUCAACACAACAUUCACAUGUUAUGCCGAAGUGAGGACGUUGUACCGUCAGAAACGGUUAACGCAUCGAGCUAUCAGCGAAAAUCUCAUAAGAAUAUAAAUUACGUUUUUUCGGCAACGUUUUAUCACAUAUCGCCGUAGUGACAUCUUAACUCCUUAACAAAUGCAAUAACAACCUCGAGAAACUUCACCCCGGCAUCCUGGGGUAGUAAGAUUGAAGGUAAACGCGGGCUCUUUUUUGACCACGGCUAGGUGGGUUACCUCACCUACCUGGGGUCCCCCGCUUCCGUGUAAACGGGCUCUUAGUGUAUUUCACCAAUGAUAUCUGUUUAACGGGUCCAGUGCUUUUUGAUUGUCCUAUCCGAAACUAUAGUUUUUGUUUUAACCUUUUCCUUAUCACGGUAUAAACUAUUCGUAUUAGCCAAUUUCACGUGAGUUGUCAAACACCCACGAGAGUCAUUCAUACGCGAUUUCCAUUGAUUAGCAUAAUAUGUGAUCUUCCCCUCUAUGACUUGAACGGGUUAAUAACUAAAUCCUUUCCACUCAAUUUGCCGUUAUCAUUUAUUGACGAGCAGGUGGUUUUUAUGAUGACUAAGCUUUUCCUGAAGAUGACGUUUCUUUGGUAUGUUAAUUAUCGAUUAUACAACUUUAUAAAUGUGAAGCAUUUAUAUAAUUUUCUUUUUUUUGUACUUUAAUUUUGUUUAUGGUAUCAUUUUUCCUCUUUUAUUGGAAACUCGUUCCUGACAGCUUAAUCUUCAUUUUUUUAUGGUCUUACUAUAAGGUGGAAGUGCAUAUGGGCAGAGUAAGAGCUUUUGCUUUGCUUUUUACCUGCACUUGGUCAUCAACAUUCGUCUAUUUUCCGCCAAACAACAGUUGUCUUCAAUAGCAUGUUUUUUUACGGCGACAUCAACAGCUGCCGGCGCUUUUCAUAAAUUUCUCAUAUUACAACAAAAAUGGCAUUUGUUGAAACUUAAAGAAGAGUGUUACGGUUAUUUGACUCGGAAACCGGGCAGCAAUUGAUUACUUUCAGACCUUUUGGAUGAAAGUGAACGAGAGACCAUGAAGUUGAGUCACAUAAAAAUGUUGAAAGGCUGUUGACGGCUGAAUAAGCUUACAAGCUAAUUAUGGUGACCGACGAAUGAACACCUGCAUCAAAAGAGAUUGCAACAGGAGUAAGAUACAAUUACAGCGAAAAGUUCUGAAAUUUUCUUAUUUGGAUUUGUUUUGUUUCUUUUAAAUUUUUUUUCAGUGGCCGUUGGUCCAAUGUGUUCUGCACCAUCUGUUUGGUUGGUUGGAGACAUAUGCCUGAGUAUAGAAAAGUGUUCUUGAAAAUAUCACUUAGAAAAGAGACCUGUAUUUUGUCAAAAUGGAACUCAUCAGCUCCCAGCUUGACGAUGUCGUUUUUUUAACAGCUAAAAUUUGCCUCUUAGUUUUCCACUUAGAUGCAUUUUAGUUUAUGCCGCUUUCAGAUUUAGAGGGACUGUUUACAAUGUGGAAAAUGAACUAAAGGUUCUAAGCCGUGAACCCCCCAAGCCACUUCGACCGGUAGAACUAAGAUAACAGUCAACAUGGUGUCAUCAGCUCAGUAAAAUCACCUGCUCAGAACCUUCUGUCUUUAUUAUACGUCACUCAGGCUAGACUGAAUUCGAGGGGGCCAAAUUACCUUUCACUUAAAAUAGAUGUAAUUAAUUGAGUUUGAAUACAUUGCACUUUAAGCUGAAUCGCAAAAUAUUACCCGUGGUCCAGGUUUUUAUCAGCUCUACAUACUGGAUGUUACCCUAAAAGGGUGCAGAUAAAUGUUAACAGGGAUGGAAUGCCAAAAACAUUACUUGGAGACCAAUGCCCUGCUGUUUGGAACACAAGAAUAAGCUAUCAACUGACGUGGCUCUCAGGACUAAACAUUUUCUUAUCCAUAAAUGCAGUCCUGGGAAAUGCUCUGAUCUUGGUCGCACCGUCCAAAAUGCUGUUACGCUGCCUAUCGACAACUGAUCUUUUGGUCGGGCUCUUGUCGCAGCCCAUGUAUGCUGCUUACGAAAUGAGUUUGUUAAAUGGAAGUUUGGGAAGGUGUCGUCUUACUUUUUUUAUCAGUUUUAUAGCAGGUUAUAUCUGAAGUGGAGUAUCCUUGUUUACAUCGACAGCGAUAAGCUUGUCGGCUUUGCUGCGUCACAGUGAAGAAUCUGCUGCUGCCUCUUUCAAAAGACAUUAUACAGUAACUCUUGUUUUCACAAAUUCGACUCUCACACCCGUUUAUCCAUUUCUUGACGAUCAGGGAAGUUCGAAAAGCUGUCAGAGAAACAAUCAGAAAUCUUCUGAAUAUUCAGUGAAAACUCAGAGAUGCACAAUCCAUAAGCAAAAGGCCCGUAGGGAGGAGGGGUGCUACGGAAACGUAUGCACCCUCCCACGGGCUGCGAAAGUCUGUUUAUUAGCUACCAGCGUUCAAAAGAAGUAAGAUAUUACAUGAAAGUUAAAAGCAAAGUAGUUUGUAGUGUGAAAUGGAACCUAAUUGAAUGAACCUUUUUCAUUUUAAUUCGUACGGAAUGCAGUCUCGUACGACACCAUUUUUAAAAAUUUUUCCGGAGGGGAUACUGCUAGACGUCUCUUGAAUCCCCCACCUCCUAUACUCGUCAAUAGGCUCCUUCGGCCCUCAAAAACACCCCCGCAAAAUACGUGUAAAAACCUUUCUAAGAAUCUGAGCAAGAAUGCAAGAAUUACGCAAAGCUAGUAAAUCUUUACACUCAUAAUACUGUUCCAUCAAAGCACAUCAGUGAUGUCAGCUGUCACCUCUUCACUCUCCACCUCCCUUAGUAAAACUUCGCCUUUCACUUUCCCAGGAUAAAGUCCAUUUCGAAAGUGGUGCAAAGAAGAAUAGCCAAGUUAUGAAAGAAAGGGAAAAUUUGCAUUAAAAGACUUGACAAAGGAGGCGUAAAUUGUUUAAUGUCGCUCUUAAAUUGACUACAAUCAAAAUGAAUGUGAUUGGUUGAUUUAAACUACACUUCUCAAUGUGAUUGGCUCCGAUAAUAAACUGUGCGAUAACAACUUGGCAAAUAAAUCAGUGAAAAAUAGGUUUUUAAAGCAAUCAUAAUCAAGGAAAUGGUAAUUUUUAUGAUUAAGAAAGUUAUAAAACAUAAGCCAUCGUUAUAUUAGGAACGUCCAAACUUUACUUUGGUCUUCCCCUUACCAGUAAUGAUGACCUCCGUUGAUUCUGGAGAUUUCAAUCAACGACAACGUUGAGUUAGCUCAGGUUUUCUGCGUCAUGGACGAUCAGAAUUCACGAACAAGUAUUUCUUCGAUUUACACGCCAAAAACCGAUAGUAAUAUUGAAUAAAGAUGUAUUCCUAAAACUAGAGGGGCUGGCUAGAAAAACAUGAAAAAAAAAAUCGGUUAGACAUUGCCGAUAUAAAGAUUGGCACGCGUUUGGGAAUAAAAUAGAUAAGAAAUGUUUGUCUCCAGGGGGUUCCGCGAUUACCCGAUUCUAUCCCAAAAUACGAAUCGAAUAGCAUAGGAUGUUUGCUUUGGUUUCCACCGCCAUGAAAGCUAAUACUGUCUGCAUUCGUGUUAAUUAAAUAAUAUCAGGAAUUCAAAGAAAUGUUUUAAGACGCUAAAAUUACGCCUAAUUAAGACGAAUAAGCUACUAUUUGAUCAAUACAAAUGAAGCCCCUGAUUUGUGCUGUUUACUGAAAUAUUCAACGGUGGUUCUGAGGGGUAUAAUUUAAAUUUGUUUUUAAAAGAGAGUGUAACCAAAUUUAAUAGUGUAAUUAAAUUUAAUUAAAACUCCAUUAAGAGCAGAGCUUCUCAAAUUCACCUGCUCUUAGACAAACAAUCUGAUAAUGGCAUGUUUGAGCUUAAAAAUUGCGCGGAGACCAUUAAGCAGAUAGCACACAGUGAUCGUGAUGUAUAACUCCAAAUUGAGUAUACAAAAACUCAUCAAGUCAUUUCUGUUGCUCGAAUCAUGAAGAUUUACCGAAACAUGUCUGAAGAUGGCAAGGAGGAAACUUACGAGCGGUUGUUUUGCUCUCAGGAAUUAACUACAGGAAUACACGGCUAUUUGAUAUUUCUUUUGGUGUUCAAUUUCUUGCUGGCCAUUUGUUCAUCUCUGGGGAAUAUUCUGAUCUUGAUUGCCCUUCAUAAAGAGACAUGUCUUCACGCGCCAUCAAAGCUGUUUCUCCGAUCCCUGGCUACAACUGAUCUCCUCGUUGGUGUCAUUUCUGAGCCUCUAACCAUCACCUACUGGAUUUCAGCGGUGAGAAAACGAUGGGAUGAAUGUUAUAUCACAUUUUUCACCAGUAUCAUUGUGGGAUAUCUCCUCUGUGGCAUUUCUUUGUUAACACUGACUGCAAUAAGCGUGGACAGACUUCUUGCUCUGUCAUUGAAGCUGAGAUAUAAACAAAUUGUGACGCUGAACAGGGCACGAGCAAUCGUUCUUGUAUUCUGGAUAUUUUGCAUUGUGUGCUCCGUAAUGCAUGCGCAUAAUUCUCGUAUAACAACAUGGUACACCCACAUAACAAUACUUGUUUGUUUCCUAACCUCAGUUUCGUCUUACACGACGAUUUUUUGGAAACUCCACCGCCAUGAAACUCAGGUACGUGGCAACAUUAUCCAACCUGAGCAAUCAAACAUCUCAAGUUCAGGGCCACUGAAAAUUUCUCAAUAUAGGAAGGGAGUGUUCAGUGUAAUGUGCCUGCAGUUAGCAGUUGCUGUUUGUUAUCUUCCACAUGGUAUAACUACAGCUUUGUGGACCUAUAGUGGACAGUCGUCGGCUAUUAUUGUACUCAGACAAUUUACAGUAACUCUAGUUUACGUAAAUUCAACACUAAACCCGUUGCUUUACUGCUGGAAGAUCAGAGAAGUGAGGCAAUCGGUUAAAGAAAUAAUCAGAGAAACACUUUGCUGCCCAUAA